AUGACUGAAAGAAAGCCUGUUAGAGUCUGGGUUGAUGGUUGCUUUGACAUGAUGCACUAUGGACAUGCUAAUGCUCUAAGACAAGCUAAAGAAAUGGGUGACAUCUUGGUUGUAGGUGUUCACUCUGACGCUGAAAUUGAAAAGAAUAAAGGACCUACUGUCAUGAAAGAACAAGAACGAUAUGCAGCUGUUGCUGCUUGUAAGUGGGUAGAUGAAGUUGUUCCAAACGCUCCUUACAACACUACUGUUGAAAUUCUUCAAAAAUACAAUAUUGACUUUUGUGUGCAUGGUGACGAUAUUACCACAAUGGCCGAUGGCACGGAUUGUUACCAAGCUGUCAAGGAUGCUGGACUUUAUAAAGAAUGCAAGCGAACACAGGGUGUCUCAACGACAGAACUUGUCGGUCGUAUGCUUUUGAUGACUCGUAACCAUCACAGAGAUGUCGAUCCAAAGGAAGUCGAGCCAUUCAGUGCGCCCAAGAGUAAAGUAUCUCAUUUUUUACCAACAUCUAAGCGAAUCGUGCAGUUUUCAAACAAAGGUGUUGAACCAAAACCAACAGAUCGCGUGGUUUACGUCGAUGGUACAUUUGACUUGUUCCAUAUUGGACAUAUUGAAUUCCUGAAGCGUGCUAAAGAACAAGGUGAUUUUCUGGUCGUGGGAGUACAUGAUGAUCAGACUGUAAAUGCUAUUAAAGGAAUAAACUAUCCUUUAAUGAACCUUCAUGAACGCGCUUUAAGCGUACUUGCUUGUCGUUAUGUAGACGAAGUUAUUAUCGGUGCACCCUACAGCGUAACGGAAGAUGUGUUGAAUACUGAGUAUAACGUGACUGUUGUUGUUCAUGGCACGACGUCUUCUGAGCCAGAUAUUGAUGGAAAGGACCCUUAUGAAUUACCCAAAAGCAGGGGUAUUUACAAAGAAAUCUCUAGUCCCAAUAGUACUUUAACCACUCAGGAUAUCAUUGACCGAAUUAUUGAAAAUAGAAUGAUCUAUGAAGAAAGACAAAGAAGAAAGAACGCAAAGGCUGCCUUAGAAGCUCAAAAAGAAGAAGAAGAAAAGCAACAAAAGCUGACAACGCAAAGUUUGAUUGCUGCAUAA